CCCCCCGGUAGCCGCGGGAGGCCCCUUCUCUAUGGUGGUGAGGCCUCGAGCCGGCUAGGACACUUCCUUCCCCGCCAGGAUGGCCGUCGCCUCUGCCGCCGCCUCCUGCGCGGGCCGCUCCGCCCUGUGGUCUGCCUUCCGCUGCCGAAGCCGCCGCCCGCUGAGGCUCUGCAGCUGGCCCGGGGAUCGGCCUGGAACCCCGACUCUGCCCCUGGGCAAGGCCGAGGCUGUGUAGGCCCUCCCCGAAUCCCGCCCGCGCCGAGCUCCGCGGACCCAACCCAGCCUGCCGAGAAAAGGAGAUGGAGCCGGGGACUGUGGGAGCGCGGAAACGGCCCGCCCCUCGGGCGGGAUCCCGGUUCUGGCUGCCUUUCUUCCCGUGGCGUUCACACCCAGGUCCUUGCAAGUUCCCGACGCCGCCUGCCCGGGACAGCCCUGGGGACCCCCUAUGGCCUUCCUCUGCCCAGCCCGAAGCUCGAACCAGCUUCUGGGCCGAGCUGCUCGCCCUGUUCCUCGCGCCGCUCCCCGCGGUGCUGCAGAAGCUGCUGACCUGGAGCCAGGUUCUCGGGGGGCUGGUUCCGACCAGAUGGCUAGAUUUUGCUGGAGUCUACAGCGCCCUGCGAGCCCUGAGCGGACGGGAGAAGCCCGCUGCCCCAGCAGCGCCGAGAUCUUCGCGUUCGCUGCGGCUGGACUGCGCGGGCGACCCGGCCCUAGACUGGCUUGAGGAGGGGAUCCACUGGCAGUGCUCGUCCCCAGACUCAGGCUUGGAGUUGAAGGCCAAGGGAAACGCUGUGGACCCUGCGGCACACACUUUUCUCGUAGAGCAGCAGCUGUGGGGAGUGGAGCUGUUGCCCAGAAGCCUUCAAGCCCAUCUGUUCUCUGACCGGGAACUUGGCUCUUCGCCCUCCCGGCCGCUGAACGUUCACCCCGUAGGCAGUUUCAAUGUGAUUUCCUACUUGCUGAAGCCCUCCUACCUGGACUACCUUCCCCGGCUGGAUCUCUGCUAUCAGAACAUCUGCAGAAGUGACGAGCUGGUGGAUUUUCCGACACUAGCCCCAGAGAGCACCUAUGCAGUUGAAGACCACUGUCACCUCCAGCCACNGAAGGCCGAGAGCGCCCCAGCCUCGUGGCAGGGAUGUCCUGCUCUUUCUACAGAAGACUUGCCAGAAAUCCACCACCUUCGCUCGAAACGGUUGGAAUUCCUUCAACAGGCCACCAAGGGGCAAGAGUUACCCACUCCGGACCAAGAUCAUGGCUACCACAGCCUGGAGGAGGAACACAACCUGCUUAGGAUGGAUCUGAAACACUGCGGAGAUAACCCAACACAGUUUGUUCCUCCUGCUGGAGCCGUUCCUGAGAACACUCAGGAGCCAACUGAGGAAAAUGCAGAGUUGUUGACUGAAGAGGUUCUCCUGGCUUUGGACAAACAGAGCCAUUUGGAAAGCCGCCUGACUUGUGAUGUACCUGUGGAAAAAGAUUUUGGAGAGGACCAACUAAGUGUAGUUGACCUUCCAGUUUCUGCAAGACCAGCUUGUAGUAACAAACUGAUAGAUUACAUUUUGGGAGGUGCAGCCAGUGACCUGGACACAAGUUCUGAUUCAGAAGGUGAGGAUUGGGAUGGGGAAGCUGAGGAUGAUGGUUUUGAUAGUGAUAGCUCACUGUCAGAAUCAGAUCUUGAGCAAGACUCCGAAGGGCAUCACCUUUGGAACUCUUUCUACAGUGUAGAUCCUUAUAAUCCCCAAAACUUUACAGCAACAAUUCAGACUGCUGUCAGAAGUGUUCCUGGGGACUCCACGGACUCAGAGAAGAAUUUGUCAGACAGGUCUGAUCUAGAGCACUCUCCCCAGACUGGAAGCCUUCCUGAGACCCCUGACCAAAGUUCUGAGGAGGAAGAUGACUGGGAAUCUAGUGCAGAUGAAGCAGAGAGUCUCAAACUGUGGAACUCUUUCUGUAAUUCCGAUGACCCCUACAACCUUCUAAAUUUUAAGGCUCCUUUUCAAACAUCAGGGAGAACUUGGAAAAGCUGUCUUGACCCAGAGAGACUGUCUGAGUCCAUUGUGCCCAUUUCCGAGUGUCACACCUUACUUUCUUGUAAGGUGCAACUAUCAGGGAGCCAAGAAAGUGGAUGUUCUCACUUGGUACAGCCUGAGGUUCUUUCUGGAGAAAGACACAUGCAUAUCAAGAGGAAAAAGGUAACUUUUCUUGAAGAAGUUACUGAGUAUUAUAUAAGUGACGAUGAGGAUCGCAAAGGACCAUGGGAAGAAUUUGCAAGGGACGCGUGCAGGUUCCAGAAAAGAAUUCAAGAAACAGAAGAUGCUAUUGGAUAUUGCUUGACAUUUGAGCACAGAGAAAAAAUGUUUAACAGAAUCCAGAAACAUGCUUCAGAGGACUUAACAUUUUGGAGCAAUGUUAAGAAGAGUUGACAGUCUGUAGCCCUAGCAUAUGCUACCUCUUACUUAAGGGGUUUCUUUUGAAAACAAUACUGGCAGCUGUCCUUUGGGUCUCUUGUAUUUGUUUGUUUUUAAGAAGAAAUAUAACAUGGUCCAGUGAUCUAGUUUAAUUUUUUUGCAACAUGUCUACUCAGAAAACAUUCCAGUUUGAACCCAUGCUUUAUGAUGAAAGAUGAGAUAGUGUGGCUUCUAAUCUUCUUUUAUUUAGUUGGAUGUGUUUUUAAAUGUUCAUUGCUUGCUUGAGGUGAAAGGGGGACCGGCCUUUUGAGUUGUACUUUUGCACUUUCAAACCUUAUUUUUUUGGGAAACAAUAUUGAUAGGGCUUAAAGCCCGUUUUCAGUUCUAAUUUAAAAUAAUAUGUACCUGUCUAAAAACUCCCCUCCCCCCAACAUUCUGAAGUUAAUGGGUUUGUAUGUUUUUUCUUUUUUAUUUCAGUGAUUUGGCCCAUCUUCUUUAAGGCAAAAUAUAUAAUCUUGUAUGUGCUAUCAGUGCAAAGCACAUCAAUCACAUUGUGUCACUUUUUUCUUUGACUUCGGUUGAAAAUUUAUGUGGAUUUUUAUUUCUCUGUUAGGUUCUACUGAAGAUAUUUUCAAAGACUGCCACAAAGCCCACAUGUGCAGUACUCCCUGCGACUUCAGGAAAGCUGCAUCUUUCUGCCAAAUUUUUCAUCUUAAUACUUGUGCAAAUUAUUCUUUGGAGAGGGUUCCGUAUCUGGUAUUGUAUUAAUAAUUUCCUGUCGAAUGUGUUUCUUUCAAUGGGCAGGAAUUGUAAACCAUUCUACAAAGUAACAAUUGUGUCAUAGGCGUUUAUUUUUUAAAUUUAAAAUCCUAGAAUUUUUCUAGAAAGAAGAUGGGAGACAUUUCAAAGUAAUUUGGUUUUGUCAUGUAUGCUCUCAAAACCAGUGUUAUUACUAUCAUGCCUCAGCACUGUCACUUUUAAAACCUGUCAGGGUGACACUAAAUUUGGAAAUGGGCAGUGCUCAAUUUUCAUGUUGCAAAUGUAAAAUAGAAACUUGAGUGAGCUUAAUGCGUUCUGUUGUUUUCAUAGUGAGAGAAGUAAUAGGAAGGCUUAUACUUUCAGGAAAGGAUAGAACUAUAGAUUUAACAAUUAGAAAGUCUUAAUAUCUUUACCUCAAAGUUUACUUUGGAGUGGAAGUCGUUGCAUUGACUGGUUUUGCAUGGUUUAUUUAGUUAACUUUAUAGGAAGGAAUGUUAACUGUCUCUAAUAGUCUCUUGACUCUCCUACCACCUGUUACAGGUAAUAGAAAACAAGUCAAAUAGAUGACUUCUUAAUUUUGAACUUAUUUUUUUAGUGUGGAGAUUAAUUUUUCAACAGAAGUUUGCUUGUAAGGUUACUACCUCAGUUUAUUAAUCUACCUGGUCAUUAUUUUAUUUCUAUCUGGUUUGCUCUAAGAACUGCCUCUAGAGAGAGUGUGUGUGUGUGUGUGUAUGUAUACACACAUACAUAUGUGCUCAUACAUGCAGUGCGAGUGCAACAGCAUAAAAGUUGGUCAGAUUUUUGUAGAGUCCUUAUUUUGUGUUUUGUACACCUCCACCUUAGGUAAUCAUAGGGAAUACAUUUAGAAGGUCUGGCUCAAUAUGGUGAAAUUGUGGCAGUUGGACAGCUGCCAUCUUUGCCUUGCAAAAAGCUUUUUUUUUCACUAUGUGUAGGCAUUCUUUUAAAACCAGACUGAGGCAUACUAUCAUAUUUCAGACACCUAGGCUGUAUUUUGUGUUUCUGAAAUCUAACACUUAACGCAUUUAAAAAAAUAAUGGGACAUCAUUCGUUGGAUAUUGGAAAAUCGUUCCUUUGGGGUUCCUUGCUACCAAAUGAGUGAAAGCUUGGUUAAGAAUUCCAUAUAUUUAGUAGAAUUCCGUAUACUACCCUGCUUUAGAAGAAGUGUUGAUGAAGUGAUAAAAAGGACAGAAGGGGCCAUUUUUAAAUCAGACCGAAAGAAAAAAUAAAAUCGUUAGUUUCUUCCUACUCCUGAUUGUUAGAACAGUUAAACCCCACACUCUUAACAAGAAAAGGCUUAGAGGUUUCAUGAAAGGUUUUACACAUUUGAAGUCUUAUAAUGGUGCUUUAAGAGUCAAUGUAGCAUGAGAAAGACUUUGUACAGACAGGUGAAAAUUCUACUUCUGAGUGAGGACAUGUGAUGACGCCUCUUUAACUUGAAAUCAGAACUAUCAGAUUUUUUAUUUUUUUAUAAUUUACAGAAGGUGAAGUUAGGGGGCUAGAUGUCUAAAUUGGCUUCUAAAGAUCCAUUUAUUUAAAUGUAACCAUUUUGUUGGGAUUUUAUAGCUAAAAUUAUAUUUGUGUAUAUAACUUAACUAAUCUGUAAAUUGUAAUAAAUAUAUUUGCAAUUAUUAAAUGUUGCAUAUUUUGGUUCA